GGCUGGGCUGAGGAGGAGGCGGCGGCACGGGAAGCCCCGGCUCGGGGACGGCCGCGGACUCGGAGGGAGCCCGGAGCCGGGUAAACUGCGAAGCAGACUCUUGAGUUUGCAGCUGGCCUGUAGUUUCUGUAGUUCAUGAAGAGAUACUUCAUACAGGUGGCACUUUGCUGAAGUUUGUUGAGAAUUCUCAGCAUCUUUGCAGAUAUUGCUGGCAAUUUCCAGGUGAGGCCGCCGAGUUGGGGACGCCGGGUCCCUCAGCAUGAAUGCCGCCGCCGGUCCCCCGGAGUGAACGACCCGCGCCCACCGGCCGCCGCCGCCGCCUCCCUCCCGGGCCGCCCCGGGCUGUCUGCCGCGCGCCCACCGCCCCGUCCCCGCGGCGAGCGGCACCAUGUGUCAUGUCAUCGUCACCUGCCGCUCCAUGCUGUGGACGCUCCUGAGCAUCGCCGUGGCCUUCGCGGAGCUCAUCGCCUUCAUGAGCGCCGACUGGCUGAUCGCGGGGGCCCAGGGCCGCGGCGGGCGCGCCGAGCCCGCGGGCGCCGCCGAGCCCCGCCGCCCGACCCUGGGCAUCUACGCCCGCUGCAUCCGCAACCCGGGCGUGCAGCACGUGCCGCGGGACACGCUGUGCGGGCCCUACGCCGACAGCUUCGGCGAGAUCGCCAGCGGCUUCUGGCAGGCCACGGCCAUCUUCCUGGCCGUGGGGAUCUUCAUCCUGUGCGUGGUGGCCCUGGUGUCGGUGUUCACCAUGUGCGUGCAGAGCAUCAUGAAGAAGAGCAUCUUCAACGUCUGCGGGCUCCUGCAGGGCAUCGCAGGUCUGUUCCUUAUCCUGGGUUUGAUACUCUACCCUGCUGGCUGGGGCUGCCAGAAAGCCAUAGACUACUGUGGUCCCUACGCAUCUGCCUACAAGCCCGGAGACUGCGCCCUGGGCUGGGCCUUCUACACGGCCAUCGGCGGCACCGUCCUCACGUUCAUCUGUGCUGUCUUCUCCGCACAAGCAGAAAUUGCAACCUCCAGUGACAAAGUGCAGGAAGAGAUCGAAGAGGGGAAAAGCCUCAUCUGCCUCCUCUAGUGUGUUAGAGACGUGCUGCGCUCCCUCGUGCGAGCUUGUGGAAGUCGUCACUGGCAUCAGAGGAGAACUAGCUUUACCUUCCCGAGCCGCCACCUGGCUGAGCAGAGCCCCGGCCUGGGGCUGCAUGCGGACGAGAAGGGAUGGACCCGGAGCGCAGUGUGAGUCCUGACUGCUGGUGCCCUGCCGUCAGCCUCCCCCGGCUCAGUGGAGGCGGGACUCGCGGUGGCGCCCUCCUCUGGCCGCACAGGAGACCUCAGCCAGUCCGCGGGCCCUGGGGGCGCUGUUCUGCCCUCAGAAUGUCUGUGGGUCAGUUUAGGUUUCCUUGUUUCAGGUGUCUGUUAAAGAUUAAAAGGAAGGCUACAGACUUACUGGGGACAGAUUGAGUGCUACAGGACACAGCAAGAUAGGGACAGAGUAGAAUCCAGGGCAAAGUGGAUUCACUCCACUGCCACUCCAAGAUUUUUGAGUAAAGAAAAAUUAAAGACCAGUACCUUCUAUGGGGGAAAAAAAAGACACACACAAAAUCUUGCCAGUAGAUUCUUUCCUAGGCCCCACGCCGGCUCUGCCACCUCCUCCUCGGAGAUCACAGUUCUGCUAGGUUAGAACUGGGCUGUGUCCGCCUUCUGGGGACAGCCAAGCCUCUCGAGAUGCCACUGGGAGGAGGCAGCAGAGCCUUGAGUUGGUAGGGGCCGCUUUCUCCAUUGGAAACCAUUCGACCGCCAGCCGACCGCCAGCCCCUCAGCAGAGGAAUGGCAUUCUUUUCAGAAAAAGGGGGGUGGCGAGGGGGCUUCUUGAGUUACUGGUCUGAUUCUGAAGUAACAUGAAAUUGCUAGAACUAAAUAGCUACAUCAAGACUAUAUCACAAGGAAAGCACAGAGACAGUGCAGAGGGGAAAAAAAAAAUCCAGAAGCUAAAAAUAAUUGAGCUCAUACGACCUGCCUACCCGUUCACAAAAACAGCCACAGGCCACUACCAAAAGGGAUUCAGGGCUUUUAAGCUGGUUUCCAUAAAUUAUCAAUAUAAUUGAUCCAGGAAGAUAGUAAUCAGAAUGACCUAAGUAGCCAUAAACAACUAACCAGGCAUUAUAUGAGCUUUAAGUAUUGCAGAAUGAUACAAAAACACUCCUGGAACCUCCGGACUUCUAGAAGGAUUAAAAGCAAGUCUCUUUGGUUUUAUGAAUGUGCUCAUUUGAGGUUUUGUUUUGAAAGUUUAACAGAGUUAACUAAGCACCUUCUUUCUUACUGUCCAUAAUGUGCUAAGUACUACCACUUAUGCAAGCAACCCUGACUCAUUUUGCACCCUUGCCCUAGUGAAUCAUCUUUAAGCUUUGAGGGUUUAGAACUAUCCCCGGGUGCAGAAGCAACUAAAGUUUUAUUAUAUUUUAGGGUCUUUGGCUAUAGCAGAAAUCAUCUUACCUCUCACAGAUGAAAGGCAAGAGGGGUGUUAUACCACUUUUCAAUAAGCUUACCACUUUGACCAAAGUUUAAAAUAAGCAAGGUACAAACCAUACACUUUUUUCAAAGAGAAAAAGAGGUUUCCUGCUAAGCAACCAAGGGAUCAUGUCUCCAAGCACAUGAAAAAUAGGGAUGGGAGCAAUGGAUGAGACCCCUGUUCCUGACUGCAUGGGUAGUGUUCUAACCAAGCCCUUGUGCCUACAUGGUAACUCUUUUCCAGCAUCAGCAAUGCUUGGCAUUUAAAGCAAUUUUGUCAUCAGGCAAAUCUUGCUCAAUAAUUUGUUUCAUUACAAGACAGAAAUCUCUAACACUAAUCUCAGUUUCCUCCUGAUGCUAGGCUAGUCAUGUGCCCAGAGGACCCUCUGAACAGAUCCCUCGCUCUUUGGUGAAAGUAGCGGCGCACUCCCGAUCAGCCUGGUAACAAUCACAUGACUCAUUAGUUCAUUAGUCUGAAUGUUAUGGAAGAGCGCAGAGGAUACUUGCACAAGAAAAACCCUAAACCACUAAAGACUACCUAGACACUGACUUACGACGACAGACAUCAGUUAAAAAAAACAACUGGGUCUUUUAAAAACUUUAGUCCACUAUACAAACGUACUUUAGAUUGAAAGGACCAUUUAAAAUCAUUCUAGUCUAGACCAAAACUCUUCUACACCGCUCUUUAAAUACCACUUGUUGACCCAUACUUAUUUUUUUUAAUAGAACAAUUGCUGAUACCAGAAAAGUCCUAUUUAUUUUGCCUGUAUCUGUUGCUUCAAGUUUUGUGAUACGCUAGGCUUCUCAAUGAACUCUAAAGCAGGAAUAUUUGCCUUGGGGUCUGUGGAGUCUUUAAACCUGUGUUUUAAUUCACAAUGUUACAUGAAAUGUGUUAAGGGUUUUGUAUCAUUUCAAACAUCUGUGGUGUAAUGAAUGAUCUUUGGUAAACAUGUAUUCUGUAAAGUGCCAUAGUCUCUUUUUAUGUGUAGCGUAUUUAUAUAUAUAUACAUAUAUAUAGAAUACAUACACAGGUUUGUGUGAAAGAUGUGCAAUAAACAAAGGUGUAUGUAUGUAUUUUCUGGAAACUGGACAGGAGUCAACACAGGCGACUCUUGGCAGAGGGGAGUUACACAUUUUCGCCUGCACGGCCUCAUCAUUCGCGUAAAACAACUUGAAUGCUACACAAACCUUAUGUGAAGACAAGACUGGUAUGGAAUCCUUUUCUCUUGGGUCUAAAAUAAAAUAAUCUCUCUACUUACAUGAACGUGAAACCAGGCCCAGGUAAUGCUCGUCUUUCUUGUGAAAUGUGAAGCUGCCACCUUGCCUUUCUCCCGUUGGUGUAAUAACUCGUGACUGGCACAUUCUCACGAAGGAGCUAUUUCUUCACGGGCGCUUCUAGACCACGUUAAUGCCAGACACUGCGGAAGGGCUAAUCUCACACCUUCUUAGCCAUGCGCCUGGCUUAGAAUGGACUUCUGUGUGCAAUAACUUGUGGCCACUGGAAAUCCCCGGCCUCCACUUGCGUUUGGGUACCAGUGACUCCGUUGGCCUCAAGAGUUGAAGGGAUGGCUGGGAUUUCAUCUGAGACUGUGGUGAAACUCCUGCCAGGGCUGACGGAUCAAGAGGUGCUUUGGAGGAACUUGGCACCACCUGAAAUUCAGUAGCCACUUGAGCCAAAUAUAAAAUUGUAUUUACAGCUGACAGACUCAACUUGAGCCUUCAAACUUGUGGUUAUCCUAUUGUAAAGUAAUAUGUUGUUUGUCUAGCAUGGAUUAGGUUUCUGUGCAUAUGUAUUUUCACAAUGUGCUUCCUUCCCCUCUUCAGUUUGAAUUAAAUCACAUUUUGCAAACUCA